UGAGGUUAGCUCGUUUCUGAUUGGCCAGAUUCAAAGCAUUUGAAAAUGGCAAUUUUGAGUUUUUCUCCCGCCUUCUAUUGACUGUGGUGUUGAACUCGACUGUCUCCUUGGGCUUUCCUCUUCCUUUUUAGUUUUUCGCCUUCGUGGACCUCUUACGGUCUUUCACAGGAUGUCAAGGUGCUCCAACGUAGAAAACGUGUCGCCGCAAGUGCUGAAGAAGGUAUCGAAAGAGCUGCACGAGCUGGUGCAGAACCCACCAGAGGGCAUUCGGGUGCACCUCAAUGAAGAGGACAUCACCCAGGUGGAGGCCACCAUCGAGGGCCCUCCAGCAACACCCUAUGCCGGGGGCCUCUUCAAAGUGCGCCUGGUGCUUCCUAAAGAGUACCCUGCAUUGCCACCGAGGGGCUUCUUUGUGACGCGUAUCUUCCACCCAAACGUGGCAGUACCUUCGGGAGAGAUCUGUGUGGACACGCUCAAGAAGGACUGGAAGCCUGAUGUGGGAAUUGGACAGAUCCUCCUCACCAUCAAGUGCCUGCUCAUUGUACCCAACCCAGAGUCUGCUCUCAAUGAAGAUGCUGGGAGGAUGUUGCUUCAAGAGUACCAGGAGUACUGUCAGCGUGCACGUAUGAUGACUGAGAUCCAUGCGCGGCCUGCCAAGCAUAAAGCAGUGUUACAACAGCCACAGAAUAAGGACCGCAAGCGUAUGCUAAAGAGGUUGUGACGACCAAAGUGAUUUUAAUUGAAGGCAUUACCAAUGGACUUUGUAUUUAUGGACCGCAACCAACCUGUGUCCAGUUCUUGCUGGUGGAUUGUACGUAGGCCAAAUUUCCUACAAGAAGUGCCGGCUGGGAGUUCUCGUUCCAAUGAUGCUGCUUUUAAAAGAUCAUAGCAUGACUGCAAUAAAUGUGACUUUCGUAAAAUUA